ACUAAAAUAAUUUGACAUAUCAUUGAAUCACAUCAUUUCUUUAUUGCUGAUUGCUCGCUAAUAUAAUGAUCUGGUUUCUCACCAUCGUCUUCAUCAUCUGUUCUCAUGCUUCAACCUCAACUUCAGCAAAUUCAGCAGGGAGAGUGGAGUAUCUUCCAGGCUUCCAAGGACCCCUCCCUUUUUAUCUUGAAACUGGUUAUGUGGGUGUGGAUGAACAUGAAGACGUGCAGCUUUUUUACUACUUCAUUCGGUCCGAGUCAAAUCCCAAGCAUGAUCCUGUGAUGCUGUGGAUUACCGGCGGCCCGGGUUGUUCAUCCAUCUCCGGCCUGUUAUAUGAGAUUGGUCCCAUUCAAUUUGAGGCCAUGCACUAUAAUGGAAGCUUGCCCACCUUGAUUUUGACACCCAAUUCCUGGACCAAGAUGGCAAGCAUUAUUUUCCUAGAUAUUCCGGUUGGUACUGGUUUUUCGUAUGCAAGAACCACACGCGCCUCGCAUUCCACCGACAUCCAAUUGUGUGACCAUGCCUAUGAAUUUAUGAGAAAGUGGUUUGAAAGUCACCCGGAGUUCGUUUCUAAUCCGUUCUAUGUCGCAGGAGAUUCCUAUUCUGGAAACCCUGUCCCAAUAAUCACACAACUAAUAUCAGAUGGAAAUGAAGCUGGAAAACUGCCUUACAUUAAUCUAAAGGGAUAUGUUCUUGGCAACCCUGUGACAUUUCCAGAAGAAAGUAAUUACAAAAUUCGGUUUGCUAAUGGUAUGGGACUUAUAUCAGAUGAACUCUAUAAGUCAUUGUUCCACACGUGUCAUGGAGAGUAUCGAUCAGAGUAUAUAAGUGCGAGCAACAUAGGAUGCCAUCAAAAUCUUGAGUUUUACCAAGAGUGCAUAGAUGGGAUCCAAGAACCACAUGUUUUGGAACCUUAUUGUGGUGAUCCAAUGCAGCUUAUUAAAGCACCCACACAUAAGCAGCUUAACGAGCACCAUCCUCUUUCUUCUUCUAACUGUCGUGUUUAUAGAACUAAGCUGGUUUACUACUGGAUUCUUGAAGCCAGUGUUAGAGAAGCGUUGCAUACUCGCGAGGGAACCAUAAGAGAAUGGAUAAGAUGCUCCGAUUUGAACUUCACAAGAACAGUUUAUGAUAUUAGACCAUACCAUCAAAACCUCAGUAAGAAAGGUUACCGCUCUCUUAUAUACAGCGGUGAUCAUGAUAUGGUCAUUCCUCACCAGUCAACUCAAGCAUGGAUAAGAGAUCUAAACUACUCAGUCAUCGAUCAAUGGCGAUCAUGGAAGCUUAAUGGUCAAAUUGCUGGGUAUACAGAGAGAUAUUCGAAUAUGAUGACGUAUGCCACCGUGAAGGGCGGUGGGCACACAGCUCCUGAGUACAAGCCUGAAGAAUGUGUUGCUAUGUUCAAGAGGUGGAUAUCUAACCAACCAUUAUAAGUUAGAACCAUCAUUGCAUUUUAUCAUGUCGAAAUGAUUCAAUUGUCGGCAACCUAUGCAGCUCUUGUUUGUUCUAUGACAUGAACAUAGAUUUUUGUUUUGAACGCAAGUUUCUUUUAUUCCCUGUUGUCUGUGGGACUUAAACCCAAGACCCCCCCCCCCUUCCCAAAGUGUUUAAAGGUUUUGUCUUUACUAAUGAACCACCACCCCAAAGUGUUCUAUGUUGAUCUAUUUGUGAAAUUUGUCAGGGUUGGAAGAUUAAACUUAGCACCUAAUAACUUAUAUUAGUUCUAAAGCUUUUGUAUUAUUUGUGACUUAUUUAAUGGAGAAUGGAGAAUCAGACUUUGUGAUGA